ACAUAGGAAGCAUUGGACCCUCUCAUCCUAUCUCAUUCUGCUCUCUCCUAUACGAACCGCUACCCGCCGCAUCACAUCGGCCACUUUUCAUAUCCCUUCCUCCUUACCCUUUCCCGCCGUACUCCGUCCAAACCAACGGCUUUUCACCCAUCCGAGCCAAUGAGUCCACCGUUGUCUGUGAAUAACCCGGAGAUGGCCUGCCCGCCGUUGAAGAACCGCAGCGACCGCGGUUGGGUUGUCCAGAAGUUCGGAGGCACAAGCGUGGGCAAGUUCCCCGACAAGAUCGCGGAGGAUAUCGUCAGGAAUUAUGUCGAGAAUCACAGGGUGGUAGUCGUGUGUUCGGCGCGGAGCACCGGCAAAAAGGCGACGGGCACCACGAGCAGGCUCCUCGAGGUGUAUAACAAGCUGCGAGCAAUCACGGCCGCUGCUAGUGAUCACGAUGCUCAGGAUGAGUUGUUGGGAGAGGCCAAGCACAUUGUGCACGAGAUCCGCCUCGACCACGUUGCUGCCGCCGACUCCUUCAUCCGGGACCCGCAGUUGAGCUCCCUCCUCAAGGCGGACACUGAGAUGGAAUGCCAUCUCCUGGUUGACUAUCUCGAGGCCGCGAGAAGAUUCAACCUCGAGAUCAACUCCCGGGCCAAGGACAGGGUCGUCAGUUUCGGCGAGAAGCUGAGUUGCAGGUUCAUGACAUGUCUCCUAAAAGACAGGGGGGUGGACGCUCAAUACAUUGACUUGGCCGAUAUCAUGCACAACGACAGCCCGGGCCGUCUGGAUGCCAGCUUUUACAAGCACGUCUCCGAGAUUAUUUGCAAGAAGGUCAUGGUCUGCGAGGACAGGGUGCCCGUAGUGACCGGCUUCUUUGGCAACGUCCCCGGAAGCCUAUUGGACGGUGACAUUGGCCGCGGUUAUACAGAUCUGUGUGCGUCUCUGGUGGCGGUGGGGUUGAAGGCCGAGGAGCUGCAGAUCUGGAAGGAAGUGGACGGCAUCUUCACCGCCGACCCUACCAAGGUCCCGACAGCCAGGCUCAUCCCGUCCAUCACGCCUGCCGAGGCUUCAGAGCUGACCUUUUACGGUUCCGAGGUGAUUCACCACCUGACCAUGGACCAGGUCAUCAAGGCGGUCCCUCCGAUCCCGAUCCGCAUCAAGAACGUCAAGAACCCCCGGGGCGAGGGCACCAUCGUGAAGCCGGAUCCCCUGCUGGCCGCAGACCAGCGCAUCCAGCGGGCCCGACAGCCGUCGGACCCAGCAUUGCGGAAGAAGCCGAAGCGGCCGACCGCCGUCACCGUCAAGGACAAGAUCUCCAUCAUCAACAUCCACUCCAAUAAACGAGCUAUAGCGCACAUGUUCCUGGCCCGCGUCUUCUCCAUCCUCAGCCAGCAGCGCAUCUCGGUCGACCUCAUCUCCACCAGCGAGGUGCACGUCUCGAUCGCCGUCCAUACCGCCAGCUCCGAGUUUGGAAACUUCGACAAGGCGGUCGAGCAGCUCCGCGCCGAGUGCGGCGAGGUCAGCGUGCUGCACGACAUGACCAUCCUCAGCCUGGUCGGCGCCGAGAUGAAGAACAUGGUCGGCAUUGCCGGCAAGAUGUUCUCGACGCUAGGCCAGCACCAGAUUAACUUGGAGAUGAUCUCCCAAGGCGCCAGUGAGAUCAAUAUCUCGUGCGUCAUCGACGCUCGUGAUGCAGAGAGGGCUAUGAACAUCCUGCACACGAAUCUCUUUACCUUCCUCGAGUAAAAAGUAAAAGAACAAGAAAGAAAACCUGGAAUAGAUGAGGCAGGCUUUGCGGUCGCCCUGCUUGGGUCGCCGCCAAACGGC